GCAACAACGAAAAGCAAAACGAAGUAGAAUGACGAGCCAACGGGACACUAGGAAGUUUCAUCAAGGAGUCAAAACAAUAUCGCCGAUUGUUUUAGGAAGCUGUGUCGAUAUGGCAGACCUGUCAUUGUAUUUAAACAAUAUUAACAUUUCAUUGGGACAAACUAUGGAAACCGAUAAAAGUCCAGUAGGAGAGGCCACAGACUUGGAGAGCGGGAGGAUGGGCGACUCAAUGGAGAGGCAGGUGAGGGUCAAAGUUCCCCGAAGGACUAUCUACUUUGCAAGUGGUGACACCAUGGAAGAGUACAGCACUGAGGAGGAGGAGGAGGAAGAGGAUGCGCCAGGGAAGAACAAGGUUGCUGCUGUGGAUACGUCUAAAAUGACCUGGGGACCAUACUUUUGGUUCCACCUGUGGAAAAUGACCACCUCUACUAUCUCAGCAUGUGACUACAUGGGAGAGAAACUCGCCACUCUGUUUGGCAUCACUACUCCUAAAUACCAGUAUGCCAUCGAUGAGUACUACCGUAUGAAGAAAGAGGAGGAGGAGGAACAAGAGGAGAACCGUCUGGCUGAUGAGGCGGAGCGUCAAUUUGCAGAGCAGCGCAGGAGUGGCAAGCAGGAUUGUGCUGCCGCUGCUGCUGAUCCGCCAGGAGCAGGCACUUCCUUUGUAAAUGUCUCCUUUGAGCACGAGCCUGACGCUCGUCUAAACAGCCCUGACAACGUAGUGCCUUGUCCUCUACCGGACUGAGAACCAACACCCACAGACUCAAAACCUGAUAAAAAUCCCAGACUUGUAGCAACUGAGAUGAACGCUAACAUACUUACUUGUAAAGAUUGCUAAUACUUUUUCUAUGUUUUUAUUUGCCAAACGAGGAUUUAUACUGCAGCGAAUGGAGGUGUGCUUGUUAUUGCAUUGGUAUAUCUUACACCGCUCUAGUGUUUUUUCUGUUGUCUACAUUAUUUAUCACUAUUGUUCUAUUUCCUAAUCUUUGGAUGCAUUUUGACUUAUGAUGUCAUCCAUCCGCAGUAAGUUUGUUUGGUUUUUGUUUCAAAGUAGUCCACCUGCCUUUCAUACGAGAGCUUCACUUCUUCGUAUAUAAUGACUACAUAUCCCCCACAUGAAUGUAGACUGGAUUCAGAUAAUAUUCUCAUCCUUUACUGUAUACUGUGUAGAAUUCUGCUUGACUACACUUUAUUCAGGUACUCGAGUCUAAAGAAGACUGUAAUUUAUACUAAUUUAAUAAAGUUAUU